AUGUCUGCCACGGAGAAAGACCUCGCCGGCCAAGAUACCUCAUCGCUUGAUGCUAUCAACAACGGAGAUGGCCAAGAUGCUACUUGGCUGUCUAACGACACCGAUCCCGAACGCGCAGGAAUACCUUUGGAGGAGAUUGCCAUAGUCGUUGGUGAGCUCAUCCCAAAGAAAUACAUAGGCCCAACACAAUUUCUCAACCAGAAUGCUGCCACCGAGGCCAGCACGAACCCAACCAACGACUCUAACCUAAAGUUCAACUACGUACUGCCUACUAAGUCCCACACCAAGAUAGUCGUUUGGAAAUUCGCGGGCGAGAAGCCACAGUUCGCGGUUCUCCGCGGCAACGUCGGUGACGUCCACCUCGCUCAAAAACUAUCCCAACGCGAAUAUGAUCAAAUUGCUUUCUACAUGGAGUGGACAAAGAUCAGUAAAAAACCUGACCUUGGCAAAGAGCGACGCUUCAAGGACUGGUGCGAAAGGCUCUCAAUUACAGAGGGACUCGCCAGGAAGAGGGCAGAAGAGGUGGAGACAAACCCGACCGGUGCCAAAAAGAAGGCAUCACGCAUGCAAAAGCAAGAGCGAAAGCAGGAAUAUAGAACUCCGACAGAAACUACUAUCUCGAAAGGAAAUCAACUACAGGAUAUGCCUAGAAUGAAUCUGAUUGAACAGAUCAAUCGCGUUCUCCGAUCUUUAUCCUUCUUUGACGACACUAAGAACGACAUCUUCCUACAACAGGCUUCAGACAAUAUCAAGCUUAUCCUUGGCGAACUUCCCGAGGAAGGUGAUGAAACAUUAGUGUUCUCUUUCGUAAAUAACCGCACGGAUAAGGUAUACUUCGAAGAGGCACAAGAGGUUGCUCGUGCUAUCAAGAAUUUAUGGUUCAAAGGGCAACAAAACUGCCCUAUCAAGUUUAAAGCCGAAUACCUUUUCUUGAUGGCGUUUGGCCUGCGAAAUCUCGAUGCCCCCACGGUAAUUGAGAUGCGCUACCUCCGCUCAUUCGUAAUAGACUUCUGUAUACUAGCAGAGACAAACGGGGUCAAUAUUCCUGUCUAUGACAACGUCCAGCUUUCCGACGCCGACCGAGGCAAAUUAGCAGUGAUGAUCCAAACGGCUUUCAGUUAUACCCUGUCCCGGCUAGGGAACUCGCCUCCUAUCCCUUCCGCGGACGAUGUUACCGUAUUCACAAGACCAGCUGGCGGCAUUCUAUAUGUGUUAAUCUAG